AUGGACAGGGAGGCUAACCUUCAAGCCCCACCUGCAACAUCCCAGAAUCCCUCUCGCCUCUCUCGCCCCUUCUCUUCAUCCUCAUCAUAUAACUCUUCUUCCUCUUCAACCCCAGAUUUAGUUAGGCAUGUACAAGCCGCCCUCAAGCGUCACAGGCCUCUCAGUACAAUGCAGUCUGAAAGUCUUCGACCAAGGCGUGUACUGGUCCCCCAGAGAGAACCAUCAAAGGGCUCUGAGAAGUCUCAAGUUGCAGUGUCGUUGACACAGGCUAAUGCAGCGUGUGAAUUGAUUAAUCAGAGGGAGAGUGUUGUUACAGUUGCUGGAGAGGUUCCUGAUGAUUCGUCAAUUACUCCUCCUCUUGUUUUGGGUACUAGUACGAAAAUUCAUGACCAGAACUCGAAGCCUUUCUCCGUAAAGGGAGAAAAAUCAAAACCUGAUCUUGAUGCUAAUCGCCGGAAUGAUGAUGCAGUUUCUUCUUCGUGUGUAGUAUCUCAACACCUUCCAGCGGUUGAUGGUCUGAAGGGCAGCAAUGUGGACUCCCAGAGGGCCGAUGAACGAAUGGCCACUAUUGGGGACAACUUGUCAUCUCAUUUGAGUUCUCUUGCAUUGACAGAAAUGGAAUGCGAUGGGAGCAAUCGGGUGGAUACAUCUUCUGUUAAUGAUCACGGCCUGAAGCCUCGAGAUUUUCAGCAACCAGAAAUCUUAGACAUCAGUUUUAGGUCAGAUGGUGGAAUCUCUUCAUUGAUGGUAAAAAGAAAUGCUCUGUACCAGGAUCAACAACAUCAAUUGAUGACAUUUAUUGGAAAGGACAUUAGCUACCCCAUGACUCAAUCUUCAGUUGUAGGUUCAACAUGCGCAACCACAACAUCAGUCCAUUCAUCAUCUGCACCAAUGCUGAAUUCGGCCACCUACAGCUCUUGUCAUCGAGAUAGUGGUUCUCACAUGGACAUAGAACCUUUGGAAGAGUUCAAGGUGAAGCCACAACCUAUAGCUCAAGGAAAUGCCGUGCAGCCAUGUUCUACAUUUCAGUGUAACAGUGGGAUGGUAGCAGAACAGACAGCUAAUCUGAGCCAAGCAUCUGUCUCUGCUUUUCAUACUUCAUUGGUAGUUAAUGAUCAUGGCCUGUUAAAAGGUCAGCAAGACUGUAAUGUGAAGGAAGAUGAGCAGCCACAUGAUGCCCAUGUUGGCCAUGGAAAGGGUUCUCAGUUUGAUGAUAAACCAACCAAAGGGAAGGAGUUCCAAGGUGAUGGUCCUGACGUAAUAUCUCAGGUUUCAUUAACAAGAAACUCAUCUACAAAUGUGAAAUUGGAGCCUUCCAAAUCAGAAAAACCAGAAAAACCAGAAAAACCAGAAAAGGCUGUUAGUGGAAAAGGGGCAUCAGUUCGUAAAAAGAAUUAUGAUGCUGAUUUAUUCUUUAAAGUUAAUGGAAAACUCUACCAAAAGCUUGGCAAGAUAGGAAGUGGCGGAAGCAGUGAGGUCUACAAAGUCAUUUCAUCUGACUGUACAAUCUAUGCCCUUAAGAGGAUCAAGCUUAAAGGCCGUGAUUAUUCCACUGCAUAUGGGUUUUGCCAGGAGAUUGA